UUCUCUAAUUAAUUGCUCUCUUCUUCUUCCUCUUCCAAUAGCCUUGAUUCACUUCUUACAAACAUGAAUGAUUAUGGUGAAGAGAAUCCUUGUUGCUAUUUCCAUCCCAAAGAAGUGAUUGUGGGGGUGUGUGCCCUUUGCUUGAGAGAGAGACUUCUCAUCUUGGCUGCAAAGCAAGGACAUCUUCCCCUAUCCGAGUCCAAGAGAGCAAGCAUUGACGAGCACAGGAAGCGUCCCAUCACCCUGCCAAAGAUAUUCGCUUUGGGGUCCUUUCUUCAUCGCCUCGAGUUCCGACAUCGGAAAUCUGAUGCCUCCGACGAUGAUUUGUCCACAAGCCAAGAAGAUUCAUUCAUUUCCAUCAAGUUUGAAGACAAUGGUGUUGCCUCAUGGGAUAAGGGUACAGGCUCUAAGGUGUCCCUUGGGCCCCUUCACAUGAAUGGUAAUCAAAAGUUGAGCAAGGAACCACUGAGGGACGUUAAGACUGUGGUAGAGCAUGCCAAACCACGUGCAACGCUGAGGUGGCGGAAGCGGAUUGGUCACCUGUUCCACCUCAUGCGGUGGAAGAGGUCCAGCAAGGCCAAUGUGUGCCAUGUGGGCACCAAGGUGGAGGGAGUAAAGGUGAGAAAUAAGGGCUGGAUGAGAACUCUGACAAAGAGGAGGAACAUGGAAUAAAGAGACACAAGGAAAGAGACAGCAGACCUUUCCUCCUCACCUUGUUUGGGUUUCAAUUUUUUGUGUAAAGCAAUACAUUAUUGAGAUGGUAGAUACAGAUCAGAAGACCGCAUGAUUUCUGCAGUCUUGCGCUUGCUUUGUUCUUGGAUUUGAUAGUUUAGCUUAGCAUGACAGCACUAUAGCAAGACUCCUGCUACGAAAAACUAGAGCACCCAAUAAGAUGAUGCUCCGAUCAAGAUCUCAGCUGUCUGAUCUCGAUCUCUAGAUUUGUGGCAAGCGAUGCCGUAUGUUAAUAUAUAUUGGCAGGUGAUUUGGGUACUGUUUGGUAAAGAUGGAUGAUUAUGGGCCCAAGCAACACCAAACUAUGAAGCCAUUGUUUGCCUUUUUCGUGCAUUCCUCUUCAAGUUCACAUGCUUACACAGACACAGUACUUGCUCUUUGAAUCCAAAGAGUUAGGAGUCUAAAGCAGGCAUCCAAAGUGCUGUCCAGCUUUCCCUGUAUUAUUUAAUUUCCUUUUGACCACAAGGCUUGUAUAAAGAGAAUUUCCCUUUA